AUGGAUGAUAUGUUGACUGACGAGACACCUACAUUUGGCGACGAUGCCAUCCUCGAAUCUGCUGCACCCCCCACUCGUAUCCCGUCUCCGGCGCUCUCCGCAACUCCAAAUUAUCAUGCAAUUAAUCGUUGGCCGGGUGGAAAAUUCAACGCGCGGAUGAAUCCUUACGCUGCCAUCCAAAAUCUCGAGGCCCAAAGCGAAACCAGCCUCCAGGACCCAGUCGAAGAGCGAGGCGUCGUGCGGAAAGUCAAGGACGACCCCGAUUGGAACAACAUCGGAGUUCAGUGGAAGAAUGGGCGCAGGCCAGAUGAAAACGGAGACUGCGUGUCCACCACCAAUCAAGAAUUACUUGAAAUCAACGCAAAAAUCCAAGAUAUUGGAGACGUUCCUAAGGAUCUCAACCGAUGGGACCAUGACCAUACGGCGCAAGCGGAACGCGUCGAAAGGCUCAUUCGGAAACUCGCCGUGGGUUUCACCAUGGGCGCCGACGACUUGAACGAGACCAAGUGGAUUAAGUUCAGCAUUCCACGAAUGGUGUCGCGUUUGGAUACAGUCGAAUUCAUGUCCCCAGGACUCACAAUGGUGUUCUCUUCCAAGGAGCCAUAUCUUCAUAGCCCUGUCGAUGACUUUUAUGCCCACUUCUACGUGGCUCAAUGGGCAGCGGUUUUCCACCCAACUACUGGUACUUUCAAAAGAAAGGAAGCAUUGCGAACGCAGUUGAGCACUAACAACAAUAGAGAUGGAGUGAAAGCCAUGGUCGCGGUCCUUCGCGCCAGCCCUGCAGAUAUUAGGGAUUUCGGCGGUUUCUUGUGCAAAUGUGCAUCUCUUUUCGGCUUCUGGGAUGCCAAAUUAAGGGAAUUGUGGGGCGACUACUACAGAACUGCAUUCGACGAAGUUGACCACGUCGAAGACAACGGAGAACUAUUGACUCGGAGGUCGUUGUUUAGGGCAUACGCGUAUCGUGGGGUUGCGGACUACAUGGAGGUUUUGGCUAAGUGGAAGGAAGCCAAUCCUUCGGAGGUUUAG